UGAACUGCAAAGAGCAGAGAUUUGUGGAGCUGCUGGUUUUGCUUAGGCCUGGUCUACACUACAAGUUUAGGUCGACUUUAGCAGUGUUAAAUCAAAUUAAGCCUGGACACGUUCACACGACGAAGCCCUUUCUUUCGACUUAAAGGGCCCUUUAAACCGGUUUCUUUACACCACCUUCGACGAGGGGAUUAGCGAUAAAAUCGGCCUUUGCGGGUUGGAAUUGGGGUAGUGUGGACGGAAUUCGACGUUAUUGGCCUCCGGGAGCUAUCCCACAGUGCUUCAUUGUGACUGCUCUGGACAGCACUCUCAACUCAGAUGCACUGACCAGGUAGACAGGAAAAGACCCGCGAACGUUUGAAUUUCAUUUCCUGUUUGCCCAGCGUGGAGAGCACAGGUAACCACGCAGAGCUCAUCAGCACAGGUAACCGUGAUGGAGUCCCAGGAUUGCAAAAGAGCUCCAGCAUGGACCGAACGGGAGGUACGGGAUCUGCUCGCCGUAUGGGGAGAUGAAUCAGUGCUAGCUGAACUCCGUAGCAGUAAAAGAAAUGGCAAAGUAUUAGAAAAGGUCUCCAAGGCCAUGAAGGACCGAGGCCAUAACAGGGACACACAGCAGUGCCGCGUGAAAAUUAAGGAGCUAAGGCAAGCCUACCACAAAGCCAGAGAAGCAAAUGGAAGGUCCGGGGCAGAGCCGCAAACUUGCUGCUUCUACGCGGAGCUGCAUGCCAUUCUAGGGGGUGCAGCCACCACUACCCCAACCAUGUGCUAUGACUCCCUCACUGGAGAAACACACAGGGAAGAGGGUUCGGGGAACGAGGAAGAUGAGGAUGGAGUAAUGUAGGUAGCUCACAGCAGCAAGGAAGUGGAGAAACCGGUUUCCCCAACAGCCAGGAUAUGUUUGUCACCCUGGACCAGGAACCAGUAACCCCCAAACUCACCCAAGACCCUGAGGGCACACAGGGGACUUCUGCUGCAAAUGUUUCGCCUUCACAGAGGCUAGUGAACAUUAGAAAGAGAAAACGGAGGACGUGGGACAAUAUGUUCACGGAGCUCCAGAUAUCCUCCCACGCUGAUAGAGCACAGCAGAAUGCGUGGAGGCAGUCAAUGUCAGACAUGAGAAAAGCACAAUAUGAAAGAGAGGAGAGGUGGCGGGCUGAAUCGCGGGAUGAACAGAGCAAGUUGCGGGCUGAAGAUGAUAGGUGGCGUCAGCUUGCAGACAGAAGGCAAGAGUCGAUGCUCCGUCUGCUGGAGCAUCAAACUGAUAUGCUCCAGCGUAUGGUUGAGCUGCAGGAAAGGCAGCAGGAGCAGAGACCGCCGCUACAGCCCCUGUGUAACCAACAGCCCUCCUCCCCAAGUUCCAUAGCCUCCUCACCCAGAUGCCCAAGAACAUGGUGGGGGGGCCUCCGGCCACCCAGUCACUCCACCCCAGAUGAUUGCCCAAGCAUCAGAAGGCUGGCCUUCAAUAAGAGUUAAAGUUUUAAAAUGCAGUGUGUCCUUUUCCUUCCCUCCUCCCCCACCCAUCCCGGGCUACCUUGGCAAUUAUC